AAAUCACAACUGCACUCUAUGUAGUUUUUUCUCAUGAUAUUACAAUGUGGCUCCAAUUCUACUUCAUUUGUUAACUCUCCAUUGGCCCUAAAACGCCAUCACAGCAGUCAGAUACACCAGUGGUAUUUAAUUAUAGUAGGAAGUACGGUGCAAUCCUAAUAAGGACUGUUGUUGAAUCCGGGCCCUAGCCCCCCUCAAACCCCCCAAAAUACACGCUUCUGAUAACAAAAAAACACAUAUAUGUACACUGCACAUGUAUAAUAACACACAUUAUGAUACAAAUACACACAUUGCAGCACCCUAGAUGCAGUAUAUAUUAACAGUGUGUACAUGCACAACCUGCACACCGACCCUCCGGUGAAAUCCCACCCCCUUUUUGGAACCGAUAAUAAACAAAAACAACGCACCGCUGCACCGGGGUGUUGCGCGUCUGUGUGCCGGGCUGCGGUGCUCGGUGCUCGGCCUGGCGAGGGAGCAGGGGUCGGUGUUCAGUGCUCGGUGCUCGGCCUCCUCUCUCUCUCCUCUCGGUUCUCCUCUCUCUCUUUCUCUCUUUCUCCCUCCUCUCCCUCCGCCAGCCGCCAUCAGCUCCAGCGGCUCGUGAAGCAAGCAAAGCCGCAGCACUCAUUUCCGCCCUGGAAGUCAGAGGAAAGGAUACCUCCAUGGCCAAAGUCGCUCCGUCAGUCCGGUCUCUAAACAGGUCGACAUCACCCACCAUCGCUCUCCAGGACGAUCCAGGUGAAGACAUGGAGAGGGACAGAACCGAUCAACAAGCCGGACCAGGAGUUCUGUUUAACGCCAACAACAGCAACAACAACGAAGAAGAAGAGAAGGAAAAGACAAAGAAGAAGAAGGACAAGAAGGAGAGGAAGGAGAAGAAGGAGAAGAAGGAGAAGGAGAAGCAGGAGAAAAAGGAGAGGAAGGAGAACAAACUAAAGGAGAAAGAGGAGAAGGAGAAAGAGAAGAAGGAGAAAGAGGAAAAGGAGAAAGAGAAGAAGGCCAAAGACGAGGCUCCUAAAGAGGUCACAGUAGUUGACCCGGCGAGUAACCUCUACUACCACUGGCUGGGUCUUAUCACCAUCCCCGUCAUGUACAACUGGACCUUGAUCAUAGCCAGGUGUUACCUGGAGCAGGGUCUGCUGGUGAAGGAAGUUCCGAAGUUGCGUGAGCGCUACUUGGUUAGCUUACAGUUCAAACUGGACAUGGUCUCCAUGAUUCCCACCGACCUCCUGUACUUCGUCUUUGGACUGAAAUACCCUGAGAUACGCCUCAACAAGCUAUUACGAUUCAACAGGAUGCUAGAGUUCUUCCAGAGGACGGAGACGAGGACUAACUACCCGAACGCUCUCCGAAUCUCCAACCUCGUCAUGUACAUCGUCAUCAUCAUCCACUGGAACGCCUGCCUCUACUACUCCUUCUCCAAGGCUAUCGGUUUCGGGUCCGACAGAUUUGUGUAUCCCGACCCGGCAAAUCCAGAGUUUGGUCGCCUGAUAAGGAAGUAUGCAUACAGUAUGUACUGGUCCACACUGACGCUGACCACCAUAGGAGAGACCCCGCCCCCUGUGGAGAACUCGGAGUACUUUUUCGUCGUCACUGACUUCCUGGUGGGUGUGUUGAUCUUUGCCACCAUCGUCGGUAACGUUGGUUCGAUGAUCACCAACAUGAACGCUGCCAGAGCCAACUUCCAGGCUCGCAUCGACGCAAUCAAACAGUACAUGACCUUCAGAAAGGUAACUAAGGACCUGGAGAAGCGAGUGAUCAAAUGGUUUGAUUUCCUGUGGACCAAUAAGAAAGCAGUGGAUGAGAGGGAGGUGUUGAAGUACCUGCCAGACAAACUGAGAGCUGAAAUCGCCAUCAACGUCCAUCUGGACACCCUGAAGAAGGUUCGUAUCUUUGCGGACUGCGAGGCAGGUCUGCUGGUGGAGCUGGUGCUGAAGCUGCAGCCUCAGGUCUACAGUCCCGGAGAUUACAUCUGUAAGAAGGGCGACAUCGGGAGGGAGAUGUACAUCAUCAAGGAGGGGAAGCUGGCUGUGGUCGCUGACGACGGCAUCAAGCAGUUUGUGGUUUUGAGCGAUGGGAGCUACUUCGGAGAGAUCAGCAUCCUGGCUAUUAAAGGCAGUAAGGCAGGAAAUCGUAGGACGGCGAACAUCCGGAGCAUCGGGUACUCGGACCUCUUCUGCCUCUCCAAAGACGACCUGAUGGAGGCGCUGACAGAGUACCCCGACGCUAAAGCUCUACUGGAGGAGAAGGGACGGCAGAUCCUGAUGAAGGACGGGCUGCUGGACCUGGAGGUGGCGGCACAGGGUCCGGACCCCAAGGAGAUGGAGGAGAAGGUGGAGAGGAUGACGACCUCGCUGGACGCCCUGCAGACUCGAUACGCUCGACUGUUAGCCGAACACGAAGCCACGCAGAGCAAACUGAAGCACCGAGUCCACCGCCUGGAGAGCAAGCUGGUGACAACCGAGAGAACCACAGAAGAAGAAGGAGCUGGAACCGCCUAAAGAACCGAAGAAGAAACUCAAAUUUCCAAAAGAAAUUAGAUGUAUAUUUUGUGUAAAAAGUCAUUAAAGCCACACAUUAGAAAGCAAUUCAUUCUGGAAGC